CCGUCGUCUCGUAGCACACUUCUCUUCCCGCCAGCCAUUCCUAACAAUGGCAUCCGACCCUUCCAGCUCGUCCCCUCCGCGCAGCUAUGGCCGCAUUCCUAGCUUGAAGUCCUUCCUUCCGCUUUCGGAGGAGGCAGUCCUUUCGACGCGUGGUCAGAAUUUGCCCGGUUUACUACAGCAGUCAUUCGGCGGUCGCCCUGCUGGGGGAAGGCCUCCGAGUGUUCAGUCUGGGCGAAGAGGCAGCAACGAAUUUGGGCCCGACGGAGACAUGAGAAUCCCAGGCCGAGAGACCCCCGACCAUGACCAGCUUAGUGCUGGCUCUCGACGUACAAGUUUGGGGGGCGCGAGCGUGUUGAUGACGCCCCAAAUGCGAAGUCAGAGGUUGAUUGGGAAUAGCAAUCCGAGAUACAAAUGGGAGCAGUACUGGAAGUCUGAAGAGGAACUGCAAAAGUAUAAAAAGCCGAUACGCCAGUACUACGAACGGAACAACUACCUAAUCCAGCAAUAUGCAUAUAUCGACCGACUACUCGACUCUUCACUUCCGCACAACCUCAUCCAAGAGUACAACCAACCUUUGGACACGAUCACAGAGGAACCACGCACUGCGCCUGUUUCACCAUACAUGAAUGGCCAGCAAUCAGAGUAUGACAAGCCAAGGGUCAAGCGGACCCCGAAAAACCUAUAUAAAGUACCGGACGAAGAGACACCUUUGCUGGCGGCAAACGGUCAUGACGAGGAGUUGGGCUCGGCCAUCAUGCCGCCUUAUGAACCCGAGGAAGAAACAGGCAGCCAGCAUAAGAUUGUCAAGAUCGCAAUCUAUGUCAAUCUCAUCGCGAACACGGCCUUGUUAGCCCUAAAGAUCAUCGUUACCGUCAUGACAUCCUCACUCUCUGUCAUCGCAAGUUUGGUCGAUGCAGCUUUGGACUUCCUCAGUACAGCGAUUGUAUGGGUCACCACGUACCUCAUCUCUCGCCAGGAUCGCUACUCUUACCCUAUCGGAAGAAGGAAGUUGGAGCCCAUCGGAGUGCUUGUCUUCUCGGUCAUUAUGGUUACCUCAUUCUUCCAGGUUAUGCUCGAGGGUCUCCAAAGGUUUACUGGCACCGAUCGCACCAUCGUACAGCUCACCAUCCCUGCUGUUAGCAUCAUGGCAGCAACGGUUGGUAUCAAGUUUGCUUGCUGGCUCUGGUGUCGGUUGAUCAAAAAUUCAAGUGUGCAGGCGUUGGCACAGGACGCAAUGACGGAUGUUGUGUUCAACACCUUCAGUAUCAUCUUCCCAUUAAUCGGAUAUUUCGCCAAAGUAUGGUGGCUCGACCCCCUCGGUGGCAUCCUGCUGUCACUCUACGUCAUCAUCAACUGGUCGCACACAUCAGCCACGCAUAUCCGCAACCUGACUGGCGCCGCGGCGUCGGCUGACGAGCGCAACAUCCUGCUCUACCUGACGAUGAGAUUUGCGAAGACGAUCAAGCACAUCCAAGGCCUGCAGGCCUACCACUCGGGCGACAAGCUUAACGUGGAGGUUGACAUUGUGCUGGAUGAGUUCAUCAGCCUUAGGGACGCUCACGAUCUCGGUGAGUCACUGCAGUAUGUCCUUGAGAGUGCACCGUCUGUCGACCGUGCCUUUGUCCACCUGGACUACGCCUCUUGGAACUUGCCAACGCAUAUGCAACAACACGAUGAAUGAAGGUGGAAACGGAUGGAGUUUCCAAGGCCAUCAUCUCUGCAUAUACAUGGAGUUGUUUCAAGUGGGUGGAUGUAUCGGUGUAGCGUUUGUUUUGUUUUGUCCAUAGAUUUCCGCAAUUGUGAGCAAGCUUAUUUCUCUUUCAGGCAAGCCCUUUGCCCAUCAACUCCGGUUGGCUUGCCACCUUCAGCUUCGUGAUUGGAGCCGGACAAACUGUUGAAGGCAGGCCGGUUCCAUUGCACGGAUCGGCGAACGGGUUACUUUGCCCGGUGGCCGACCAGCUAGGCACUAGACACGCUUGAUAUUAUUGUCGGGCCGCCUGCCAUUGGUGAUAACCCACCUACCACCCGCACCACCAUCUCCGCCGC